AUGACAUACUUUUGCAAAAUGACAGAGGAAAUGGAGGUGCAAAUCUUAGCAAGGCUGCCUCCCAAAUCCCUAAUGCGAUUCAAAUGUGUUUGUAACUCAUGGCAUGCUCUCCUCAAGAACCCCCAUUUUGUAGCCAAGCACCUUCACUUGUACAACUACCAACCUUCCUCCACUUGCAUCCUUUUCAAGCGUUCUGUCCUCAGCAGGACAGAACACAACAAGGAGGAGCUUGUAUUCACAUUCCUUAAUCUUCACAACGACAACGAAAGCAAUGCUGAUCAUAACCUUAUCAAUUGUAACGUUGAGGACCUCCAUUUCCCACAUUCUAUGGGUUUAAAAAGUAGGGGCCCAUUCAUUGAGCUCCCUGGCUUAGAGCUUGGUGAAUCUGUCCACAUUGUAGGUCAUUGUGAUGGAUUGUUUUGUUUGUCUCUUUACACUGGAGAACUUGUUUUCUAUAAUCCAGCCAUCAAGGAGUUUAGGGUUCUUCCCCAAUCAUGCCUUGAAAAUGCCUUCUCAUGCACUUUGGGGUUUGGCUAUGAUCCCAAACGUAAAGAUUACAUACUUCUCAGUGUUGUGUCUUAUGGGGAGGAAAUAUUGGAUGACGAGCGUCUCGUCAUCCAUCCUCCCCAAGCAGAAAUAUACACAUUGAGCACUAAUUCUUGGAGGGGGAUUGAGACUCAUUACUUGGAAACAGAAACGACCUACUUUUGGGGCAAUGAGACUUUCUCGACCUACUUCAAUGGAGUGUUUUAUUGGUUGGGGUAUGAGGAGAAAAAGGACUUUGUGUCUUUCUAUGACAGGCUUGAGGAGGAAAAGACGCAAGUGAUCAUUUUGUUUGACACAUUUGAUGAAGUUUUUCACAAUAUGCCACUUCCGGAUUGUUUCUAUGAGUUUCCAACUCAUGAAAUGUCCCUUACGGUGUGGAACGAAUCCAUUGCUCUUUUCGGGUUUUAUCGUUGUGAAUUUGAAACCUUUGAGGUUUGGGUGAUGGAUGAGUUUGAUGGGUGGACAAAACACUUAUCUGUUGUGCCCAAAGUGGAUCAGGAGGUAGAUAUACCAUUGGCACUUUGGAGGAACGAGGUUCUUUUGGUUGACAGAGAUGGACGCAUAUUCAGCUACAACUUGGAUACUGAAAAUCUUAAGUAUCUCCCUGUUCAUGGUGUGUCCAGAGGAGAUUUUCAGGCUGUUGUUUGUGUUAAUAGUAUAGUUUCAGUCAAAUGUGAUAACAAGUUCGAGACCAAAGAUUAUUAG